AUGGCAGAGUCGAAGCAGUCGCCCAUCGUGGUGAUGACGAGCCCCAGGAAGCGGCACUCUGGAAGGGAUGGCGAGGAGGAUCGCGCCGACGGAGGCGAGAAGUUUGUGGUGGCGAAGAAGCGCCCCAGCGGCCCCGCUUGGUGGAGCGGCGAUCCGGUUCAGGCGCUGGCAAGCGCGAGGCACGAGUUCGGGGAACACGGCGGAGUGAACAUGUCGAUCGAGGCGUCGGCGACGUUCACGGUGAUGGAGCCGGACACGAUGCGGCGUAUGUUCUCCGGCGAGCUCGGGCCCGAUCGCGAUUUCUUCAUCUACAGCCGGCACUUCAACCCCACCGUGCUCAACCUCGGGCGUCAGAUGGCGGCCCUGGAGGGCACCGAGGCCGCGUACUGCACCGCCAGCGGCAUGUCCGCAAUCUCCUCCGUUUUGCUGCAGGUCUGCGGCACCGGAGGGCACAUCGUGGCCUCCCGCCGGCUCUACGGCGGCACCUACGCGCUAAUGUCGCACUUCCUGUCUAGGGCGUGCGGGAUCCAGACCACCUUCGUCGAGAUCGGGGAUCUCGCGGCGGUGUCCGCGGCCAUCAGGGAGGGGGAGACGAAGGUUCUGUACCUGGAGUCGGUGGCGAACCCGACGCUGGCUGUGGCGGACGUGCCGAGCCUGUGCGCGGUGGCGCACGAGAAGGGGGUGAUGGUGGUGGUCGACAAUACCUUCUCCCCCAUGGUCAUUUCCCCGGCGAGGAUGGGCGCCGACGUCGUCGUCCACAGCGUCUCCAAGUUCAUCAGCGGCGGCGCCGACGUCAUCGCCGGUAAGCCCCACCACCUCCCUUCCCCCCUUCCUCCGCCCUAGGGAUCUCCCUUCCAACAUCUCCGGAGAAGAUCCACCCGCCCUCCUCACCGGAACGUCGUCCCUGCCUCUUCUCGGGGAAGAAGAUCCCAAGAAAUGACAAAAAUACGUGUUGCGCUCGCUGCGGUACGAAGCAGACACGUGGAGUCCGAUGGUGCCGAAGGAUAGAAAGACGUCACGUGCUGGUGGAGCCCAUGGCCAUGUCGUCUUCCUCACAAACCAAAAAAAGGGAAAGCACUCUCUGUAGGGGCAUACAUGUUAAUACUUCUGCAAUCCGAGGCGCUUUGCUAUAAAUGAUCUGCUUCCCGUGAUGGAUCUCAGGGGCGAUAUGCGGCCCGGCAAGCCUGGUGAACUCGAUGAUGAGCCUGCAGAACGGAGCGCUGAUGCUGCUGGGGCCGACGAUGAACGCGAAGGUGGCCUUCGAGAUCGCGGAGCGGCUGCCCCACCUUGGCCUGCGCAUGAAGGAGCACUGCCGCAGGGCUCUGGCCUACGCGGAGCGGAUGCAGAAGCUGGGGCUCAAGGUGGUCUACCCGGGUCUCCCCAGCCACCCGCAGCACGAGCUCUUCAAAACCAUGGCCAACCCCGGCUACGGCUUCGGCGGGAUGCUGUGCCUCGACAUGGGCACCGAGGAGAAGGCCAACCGCCUCAUGCACCACCUGCAGAACACCACCCAGUUCGGCCUCAUGGCCGUCAGCCUCGGCUACUACGAGACGCUCAUGUCCUGCUCCGGCAGCAGCACCAGCAGCGAGCUGAGCGCCGAGGAGAAGGAGCUCGCCGGCGUCUCCCCCGGCCUUGUGAGGAUGUCCAUCGGCUACAGCGGCACCCUGGAGCAGAGGUGGGCCCAGUUCGAGAAGGCUCUCAACUGGAUGCAGGAUGAAUCUUGCUACCCCAAGAACUGA